CGGUCUGCAGUCGAUUUCGGAUCGAUCAUGCAUUUUGUGCGCCACACUUCCUUACUAUGUUCCACCGCCACUUGUCGUGUAGCUGGCGUGUAAUAUGCGGGGGAGCUGCAAUUGGUGCGAUCUUCGUGGCUGUCCUCCAGUUUCCCAGCUUCGCCGGAGUCCGGGUGGCCGGUGUGCAGGACAAUCCUCUUGCCGAUGGAUCGUCGCCACAGCUGCCUGCGCGCCCCAUAGCCGAGAAGCACUCUGGAGCUCAGCCGUGGGCGAGCGAUGACCAUUUCGUCUACUAUGCCCCCGCGGCAUCCCAGGCUUCGCUGAGCCAUAAUACUCGAGAGCGACUACUACUACGCGCUCGGAGCGAGGUCCGCGCUCUCCGAGGAGAUGGCUCGACGCCGGGUUGGCGGCCAUGGGAGGGUGCACAUCUUCCACAUGCCCCAGGGGCCUUUGGUGCCCCAGGCGCGGGAGGUGGCCACGAGGCGCCAUGCGGGCUUGAGCGAGCUGGUUCGCAUGGAGCUCGGCGUGAACCUCGCGGCCGCGCUGCCAGAGUAUCGUCGUCCGCCAGAGUAUCGUCUUCCGCGCGGUUACCUUGAUCCUCUGGCCCUCCAAAGGGACCAAGAGUUGCUUGUAAUUGAGGGGAUCACCGAGCCAAUCUAUGCCCGCUACUUGGACGAGAUGACGAACCCGAACUCCGAAGGCCUCAAAGUGAAGAGCCGCAACUGGCUGAACGCGGAGGAUACCGCUAAGGUGGUCGCUUUCCUAAAGGGCGAGUUCGAGCACAUGGGCUUCACGACUUGCGUGCAGGAGUUUAAGAGCUGGAACCACCCCGAUAAUCGACGCGCCGCAGGAAGGAAGGUGUCCAAUGUGAUUGCCUACGUUGAGGGCACGGACGUGGGCACCGUGACAAUGGGAGCCCACUUCGACAGCAUGCCCCCGAAGGACAGAGGGAGUAGCUGGCUCUUCAAUGGGAACCCGGAUAACCUUGCGCCGGGCGCCGUGGAUAAUGGCAGUGGCGUAGCAGCAGUAUUGACGAUGGCGAAGGCCUGGAUGGAGGCAUACAACAAGGCAGGUCUGCGGCCCAAGAAGUCUAUGUAUUUCGUUGCGUUUGGUGGGGAGGAGGAGAACCUGUAUGGAUCGGACCGUUUCGCCCAAGAACUCAGGACACCAGGAUCUUCCAAUUCUAGGAUCCCCGCAAAUUGCCGGCCGUACCCUACCGAUGACCACAAGGCUAUUAUCAUGGAUAUGAUCGGUUGGAGGAACCCACGCUUCCAAACCGACACGGUGACCAUGGAGACCAAGACCUGGGCGGCAGACAUGUUCGCAUCAUUAGCCCAAUCGAACGUGUUGAACAACGGGAAUCGCUUGAAGUUGCUAUACGGGUUAGAUCCGUACGGUUCCGACCACGAGAGUUUUCUAAAUCGGGCCAUGGAGGCAGUAUUGACCAUCGACAACGACGGGGAUGAGAAUGCUUACAGGUGCUAUCACAGGACGUGCGACACAAUUAUUCAAGUGAGCACCAGGCUGGCGACAGAAAUAUCUCGGAUGAACAUGGGUGCAAUGUUACGCGAGGCUCUCUUGAACUAGAGUAGGCACUGUUCUGUGCGUGUGCAACCAACAGUCUGGCGGCAAUCCAGAUUGGACCUCAGAACACCAGAACAAAUUGUGUGGGGGAG